AUGUCCAAGAAGUUCUCUAACAUCAACGAGAUCAGAGAUGAUCAAUCGGUGCUUGGGUCUUUGAAAAAAAUCCUCGUCGCCAACCGUGGUGAAAUCCCAAUCAGAAUCUUCAGAACCGCUCAUGAAUUGUCAAUGCAGACAGUUGCCAUCUACUCUCAUGAAGAUAGAUUGUCAAUGCAUCGUCUCAAGGCCGAUGAAGCUUACCCAAUUGGUUACAAGGGCCAAUUCUCCCCAGUCCAAGCAUAUCUUCAAAGCGAGGAAAUCGUCAAGAUUGCUACCGCCCACGGGGUUGAUAUGAUCCAUCCUGGUUAUGGGUUCUUAUCCGAAAACUCAGAAUUCGCUAGAAAGGUCAUUGAAGCUGGUAUUCGUUGGAUUGGUCCUCCUCCAGAAGUUAUCGACGCUGUUGGUGACAAGGUCAGUGCCAGAGUGUUGGCCGACAAGGCUGGUGUCCCAACUGUCCCUGGUACCCCUGGUCCAAUUGAAAGCGCCGAAGAAGCUCAAGAGUUUGUUAACAAAUACGGGUUCCCAGUUAUUAUUAAGGCUGCCUUUGGUGGUGGUGGUCGUGGUAUGCGUGUGGUUCGUGAAGGUGAUGAUAUUAGGGAUGCUUUCAACCGUGCUACCAGUGAAGCCAAAUCUGCCUUCGGUAAUGGUACAUGUUUUGUCGAACGUUUCUUAGACAAGCCAAAACAUAUUGAAGUCCAAUUACUUGCUGACAAGUACGGCAAUGUCAUCCAUUUGUUUGAACGUGAUUGUUCUGUUCAAAGACGUCACCAAAAGGUUGUAGAAAUUGCUCCUGCUAAAACCAUUUCUCUUGAAACCCGUAAUGCUAUUCUUACAGAUGCCGUCAAGUUGGCUAAGACUGCUAACUAUGUCAAUGCUGGUACAGCUGAAUUUUUGGUCGAUGCCCAAGGUCGUCACUAUUUCAUUGAAAUCAACCCAAGAAUUCAAGUCGAACACACUAUCACCGAAGAAAUCACUGGGGUUGAUGUUGUUGCUGCCCAAAUCCAAAUCGAAGCUGGGGCUUCUCUUGCUGAUCUUGGUUUAUUGCAAGACAAAAUUACUACCAGAGGUUUCGCUAUCCAAUGUCGUAUCACCACCGAAGAUCCUGCCAAGGGAUUCCAACCAGAUACUGGUAAAAUUGAAGUCUACAGAUCUGCUGGUGGUAAUGGUGUGCGUCUUGAUGGUGGUAAUGGUUUCGCUGGAUCAGUUAUUUCUCCACAUUACGAUUCUAUGUUGGUUAAGUGUUCUUGUUCUGGUUCCACUUACGAAAUCGCUCGUCGUAAGAUGAUCAGAGCCUUGAUUGAAUUCCGUAUUCGUGGUGUCAAGACUAACAUCCCAUUUUUGUUGACUUUGUUGACCCAUGAAACAUUUAUUGCUGGUGAUUGUUGGACUACCUUUAUUGAUGAUACCCCAUCUUUGUUCAACAUGGUUACAUCUAGAAACCGUGCCAUGAAAUUGCUUCAUUACUUUGCUGAUUUGGCUGUUAACGGCUCCUCCAUUAAGGGUCAAGUUGGCGUUCCAAAGCUUUUGACUGAACCAACUGUUCCACAACUCCACAAUGCUGAUGGUUCUGUCAUCGAUGUUUCUAGUCCAUACAGCAAGGGUUGGAGAGAAAUUUUGGUUUCUCAAGGCCCAGAAGCGUUUUCUGAAGCCGUUCGUAACAACAACGGCUGCUUGGUUAUGGACACUACCUGGAGAGAUGCCCAUCAAUCCUUGCUUGCAACCAGAGUCCGUACCCAAGAUUUACUCGCAAUUGCUAAAACUACUAGCCAUGCUCUCUCUGGCGCUUUUGCUUUAGAAUGUUGGGGUGGUGCUACUUUUGAUGUCGCCAUGAGAUUCCUCUAUGAAGACCCAUGGGAAAGAUUGAGACAACUUAGAGCUGCUGUUCCAAACAUCCCAUUCCAAAUGUUGUUGCGUGGGGCUAAUGGUGUUGCUUACUCUUCUUUGCCAGAUAACGCUAUUGACCAUUUUGUUGCCAGAGCCAAAGAAAACGGUGUUGAUAUCUUCAGAGUCUUCGAUGCUCUUAACGAUUUGGAACAAUUGAAGGUUGGUGUCGAUGCUGUCAAGAAGGCUGGCGGUGUGGUCGAAUCUACUGUUUGUUACAGUGGUGACAUGUUGCAACCAGGCAAAAAGUACAACUUGGAAUACUACUUGAACUUUGUUGAUCAAGUUGUCGCUAUGGGUACCCAUAUCUUGGGUAUCAAGGAUAUGGCUGGUACUUUGAGACCUGCCGCUGCCACUGCCUUGAUCAGUGCUAUCAGAAAGAAGUAUCCUAAAUUACCAAUCCAUGUACACACACACGAUUCUGCUGGUACUGGUGUCGCCUCCAUGGUUGCUUGUGCUAAGGCUGGCGCUGAUGUUGUUGACUGUGCCACUAACUCCUUGUCUGGUAUGACUUCUCAACCAUCAAUUAGUGCGUUUGUCGCCUCUGUCGAUGGUGACAUUAACACCGGCUUGGAUUCCUCAAAAUUGACGGAAAUCGAUGCUUACUGGGCGCAAAUGAGAUUGUUGUACUCUGUCUUCGAGGCUGACUUGAAGGGCCCAGAUCCAGAGGUGUACCAGCAUGAAAUUCCAGGUGGUCAAUUGACCAAUUUGCUUUUCCAAGCCCAACAAGUUGGUUUGGGUGCUCAAUGGAGUGAAACCAAGAAGGCUUACCGUGAAGCCAACUAUUUGCUUGGUGAUAUUGUCAAGGUUACCCCUACCUCCAAGGUUGUUGGUGAUUUGGCACAAUUUAUGGUCAGUAACAAGUUGUCUUCCGAUGAUGUUAAGAGACUUGCUGGAUCCUUGGAUUUCCCAGAUAGUGUGCUUGAUUUCUUUGAAGGUAAGAUUGGUCAUCCAGUGGGUGGCUUCCCUGAACCUUUGAGAUCUGAUAUCUUGAGUGGUAAGCGUCGCAAGCUCAACGUUCGUCCAGGUUUGGAAAUGGCUCCUUUUGACUUGACCGCUAUUCGUGAAGAUUUGAGUUCAAGAUAUGACAAUAUUACCGAAGAUGAUGUUGCUUCUUACAACAUGUAUCCAAAGGUUUACGAAGACUUCAGAGGUAUGCUUGCCAAAUAUGGGGACUUGUCAGUGAUUCCAACCCGUUACUUUUUGGCUGCUCCAAAGAUCGACGAAGAAAUCAGUAUUGAAAUCGAAAAGGGUAAGGUUCUUAUGUUCAAGAUGACUGCCAUUUCCGAUGCUGCUGAAGGUAAGAAGGCUGUUUACUACGAAAUGAAUGGUGAAUUACGUAAAGUCACUGUUGAUGACAAGAAUUCCAAGGUCGAGAAGGUUGUUAAACCAAAGGCCGAUGCUCACAAGCCAGGUGAUGUCGGUGCUCCAAUGGCCGGUGUUAUUGUGGAAGUUAAGGUCCACAAGGGCAGUGUGGUCAAGAAGGGUCAACCAUUAUGUGUCUUGAGUGCCAUGAAGAUGGAAAUGGUUAUUAGUGCCCCACAUGACGGUACUGUUGGUGAUGUCUUGGUUAAAGACAAUGACAAUGUUGAAGCCGCCGAUUUAGUUUGCGUGGUUGAUGGUGAAGAAAAUGAGGAUGCCAAGAAAUGA